GGCGAAGAAGCGCUCAACCAUGCAUAUGUGCCUGGCCUAGAAAUUUGUAUGCAACCACCCAGAUACGACGUGAGAGAGACGUGGGAGCACGAGAUGAUGGUCUCGGUUUCUCGGUCCGCCUUAAUUCUUCCCACCCAUGAGCAUCAAAGACGUGUUCAAGGUAUGGAACAAUCGAUGCGGAAAGAAUUGCUACUGCGGUUCGGAGGGCGGCGCGUUAUCGUCCCGAAUUGUGCGCCUGACUCAUGCAGUCUAAAUAGGAACUACCGGACCUCAACUCAUUCCAUCGUCGUCUAUCGUGGGAUUAAACAAUUGCCGGCGACUUGGCGACUUGCGUAGGCGAUGAAGCAGCUUCCAACCUCGUCCAACCUGGAUAACAUUGUAACUUGGUCCCGUGCGUUGCAGCUGCGCGACAGACGAUCGAGGACGAAUGAUAUGCGUGCCAAGACCAUCUGGGAUCCGGGCCGACUCCCCGGACAUAUUCACAAGGCUUCGCACAUGGAGACAGGCAUUCUUCAAUUGACCCCUAAAGGCAUCGGCAUGGGAUGAAGUCACCAUACACGUCCUUGGCACGCCUUUUUGGUCUGGGUUUCACCGGUGUUUCUCCCGUGUGCGGGGUUCCCCACAGGGUUCCCCGCACUUGCCGGCUUUGAUUCUAUCAGCCAACGUCGCAUCAUGGGCUCGCUGACACGCUUCAUGUUCCUGCCCGAAUCUCUGCACGCAUAGGAAUGUGCCUGUUUGCCUUGACGCUGGUUGCUUCUCUACAUCCGAGCCAGCACCAUAUAAAAGUCAUUUCGGCACGGCUAGGAUGGAGGUCCUGCUAGCGCUGCAAGCUCCUGCACUGCUCCACUUUCUUCAGGUCAGCCUCGCACACCAUGUCUUUAACACACCAGGACAAAACCGAAGAGGUCUACGUCGAGGAUUCGAAGACCCACGGCAACGAGAAAGGCUCCGACUCUCAUGAUCCCAAGAACCUCUUUCCCGCCAACAGGCGGAUGACUGCCGUCGAGAAGCAAGAGGCGCUGAGGCUUGCUGAGAUGGCCGAUCCAGGUAUUGAGACGUUCUCAUACCGUGGCUUCAUCCUCGCCCUCUACGUUCUUUGCGUCUGUUGCUGCUCUGGCGAUAACGGCAUGGACCCCACCGUGAUGAGUGCCAUCAAUUCCAUGACCCAAUUUCAGUCAUACUUUGGCAUCGCCUCUAGUGCUGGAGUUCCCAAAACAGGCAUCGUAUUCGGUAUUUAUACGAUUGGAAAUGUUUGUUCAGUCUUUCCGAAUGCGUACUUGCCCGACCGGAUUGGCCGCAGAUGGAGCAUGUUCGUCGGAAACCUUGUCCUCAUUCUUGGCGCUAUGUUGACCGCUAACGCAACGAGUAUGAGUAUGUUCAUGGCUGGUCGAUUUCUAACUGGUUUCGGAUGUACGUUUGCCGCGACGAGCGCCAAAUCCUACCUUGCCGAAAUCACCUCCCCUUCGAGCCGUGGUCGCUUCAUGGGUUUACUCAACUCUUUCUAUUAUGUCGGUCAAAUCGUCGCUUCAGGAAUCGCUGUUCCUACAGGAAGAUAUAACAAUGACUAUUCGUGGCGAGCCCCGCUCUUUGUGCAGGGUAUCCCGGCCAUCCUCAAUGUUGCGUUUGUCAUGUUCCUCCCCGAGUCACCCCGUUGGCUGUACUCUCGUGGUCACACGGACCGUGCGGCGCGUAUCCUCGCCGAUCUUCACUCUAAGGAGAGGGAUGUAAACUCGCCGUUGAUCCAGCUCGAACUACGCGAAAUCGAAGAAGUCAUUUCCCUCAAUGAUGCGACCAAACACUGGUGGGACUUCCGCCCUCUAUUCUUCACUGCAGCCUCCAGAUACCGCAUCUACCUGUGCAUCAUGGUCUCGGUAUGGGGUCAGCUCUCUGGCAAUGGUCUCAUCACCUACUAUCUCACUGUCCUACUCAACCAAGCCGGCAUCACCAGCCCCGAUCGGCAACGGGUACUCAACUUCGUCAACUCGAUUACUUCAUUCGUUGGUGCACUCAGUGGAACCGCUAUUGCGGACCAUGUCGGUCGCCGCUUCCUCAUGCUUUUCGGUUCAUGGUGUUGCGCCGCCGGUAUGAGUAUCGUCGCUGGUCUAUUGUCCAACACCGGUCCGCAGAGCGUCAUGCGCGCUAAUGCGGGCGUCAGCUUCAUUUUUUUGUUCAUGGUGUUCUUUUCAUUCGGUUGGACACCAAUCCAGGCGUUGUACCCCACCGAGGUGUUAUCUUUCGAGAUGCGGGCCAAGGGUCUUGCGUUCCAGACCCUCAUCACUCAGGGUGUUUCCUGCAUCAAUACCUUUGCCCUUCCUUCAGCGCUUGCGGCGCUCUCCUGGAAAACGUACAUCAUUUUCGCCUGUUGGGAUGUCGUUGGUAUCGUGACUGUGUGGUUCUUGGCUGUCGAAACCAAACAGCUUACAUUGGAAGAGAUGGACGCAGUGUUCGAGAGCGACCAUCCGCGCAAGUUUGCAGAUCAGAUGAGCAAAGAAGCACGGAAGAGGGUGAAAGAAGAUCGUGCGGCUAGGAACGCUUGAUGGCUGUUAGGUCCCUGAGGGUGAAGUCUGUGCUCAGGUUUAUGGGAUACUUG